AUGUCCCGAGCAUCCCGUUCGGACACACCUAACCGCGGCCAGCGCGCACCACGCUCACCACUGUCAGUGAGCUCCGCCUCGACGCCUCCCCAGGCACCCCCCGCUGGUGACGUUACGCCGCCUGCCCCUGCCAGCGGUGAUGCGGAGCACUGUUGUGUCUGCCUUGAGCGCCUCCUUCCGGCCGCUCAGGGCGCCCAGCUCCGUGUCCCCUUUCCUGCUUGCAGCCGUCACUGCAUGCAUUUGGAGUGCCUGGCGCAAUAUCGUGCGCAAGCCAAUGGCCCGCCGGACCUGCUAUGCCCGCUGUGUCGCCACAGCCGAUGCCCGGACUGCGUACCUGGAGGGUGGUCCGGGGUGCAUGACGCUCACCUGCGGUCACUAUGUCGCCGUGAAGGCGUGGCCAUGCCGGACCGGAUCUCGGGCGAGACCACCGUGCGUCAAGCUGUCCAGGACUACCAACUCCGCACGUUCACCUCCAACGAUGCGCCCGAACCCCGAGCACCACCAGGGGUCACCGUCCUGUGCUGUCACCGGCUCGCGGCCUUGGGCCGCGCCGGCGGGGUGGAUUUUGUAAGGCUGCCGCACCGCGAGAUGCAAUGGGCGCCCGUCCCUAUCCGCUGUGACACUGGCAUAGCCGCGUGGCGCCCCGGCUGGCUUUGCCCCGGCUGCGCCACAGAGGUCCCACUGGAUGCGCUCCAAUUCCUGCUGAUGCAGGCGGGGUGUGCAACCGAUGUGGCCGCGACUUGCAUUGGACUUUUGACCGAGUCGCGGACGCCUCCUCGUGGAGCUGCACCGCCGGGUGCGCCGGACCGGCCGCACUUGAUCACGCAGCAGUUCCGCCCCCCCAGGCCUGCGGCAGCCUUCUGGCUCACAAGGGGCCCGCCUCUCGGGGCGGUCACGGACAGCACCAACUCCUGGCUUUACGUUCCUUUAUUGCACGCCGCAGCCGCAGAUCUCGCGCCUUCUGCGCUCGACGCUUGGCGAGCCGAUCCCCGGGCAACCAACUGGUGGGAGCAGGCUCGCCAGCUCCUCGCGGCCUCCGCGCCUGUCGCCCCGCAAACCCUCAUUGCAGCCCUCGCCCGCACCGCCGAAACCGCCCCUGCGCACGCGCACCAUCUGCCCGAUCUGGUUGCGCGCAUCCAAGAUGCGGGCCUUCCCAAUGGCUCCCUCGUGCAUGCCGGCUGGGCGGUGCGCCAGCUGCGAGAGCCGGAUGGCUACCUCCUGUCACCGGUGCAAGAAGUUCUGCUCGAAUGCUACGGCGGCCAUGUGCUUGCGUCGACGCUCGACCGUCAUUCGGACUGCUUCCGUCCACCCCCUGCCGCCGCAGCCCCAACUAGUGAUCCUCCGCCUGAGGCGCCCUCCGCAGCAGAGCGAGUGCAAGACGACGCCAAGCCAGCUUCCCCGCCUGCCGAACCACCCGCAGCAGCAGACGAGGAUGCCUUUCUGGCCGCCGCUGCCCAACGCGCGCUCCAACAAGCGACCGCUUCUGGCCGGGGCACUGGACGGGGUCGGCGCGGACGUGGGCGCGGAAGAGGAACCGCAGCUUGCCCCGAUGACCUUCCGCCGCCUCCCCCGCAGCCACCCCCCACUCGGCGCGGACAAGCCAACGCGACUGCUGAAGCUGGCAUGCGGCGCGGCGUUGUCUCCCUUGAUGCGGUCAAUCUCCAAGCCAGCUGCCGCCAACGGGUCCUCACGCUGCAAGCAGCCCCAGCGCGCAUCCGUGGAGCCCUGCGUACUGCACUGCGCACGGGCCUACGGCUCGCAGUCCACCCAGCAGCUCCCGAGGAUGCCGCGCGGGGUUGGAAGCUUUUCUGCCUCGCUCCCCGCAUGCUCCUGUUCCGCUCGCCGGGUGAGUCGCGCAUUCCGCCGGCAGAGCUGGACAGGCGGUGCGAACUGUUCCGCGCCGGGCAGUGGUCGGACCUCCUCCGCCAAUCCGCCGCCGCGGCAGGGACAGUACCCAGCCCACCCCGAAGUGACCCUUCUGAUGCGCAGCGGGCGCGCCGUGCCGCCGCCAUCGUCCACAUUGGGGAGCUGUCCGCCGCAGGGCAUGCCCUCACUGCUCAACCUUUAGCCGCUGGCACCCUUGACACGCUCGCCGAGCUUCGUGACCCGGAGCGGCGGCCCCCCGUGCCGUAUGCCCCCGUGCCCGACGGCGUCCUCGGACACACUUCCUCCGAGGGCCUGCGGAGCGCACGACGAGGCUCCGCAGCCGGACCUUCUGGCACCACCAACGAGCACCUCCGCAUCCUCUUGGACGACGAUGAAGAUGCUCGCCUCCUGCAUGGCGCCGCCGUCCGGCUCGCCAAUGCAGAUGUGCCUUCCGAGGUGCUCGAGGGAAUCCGGGUCGGACGCCUAGUCGCCCUUCAAAAGCCCAACGGCCGGGUGCGUGCUCUUGUGGUUGGCGACGUCCUGCGUCGUCUCGUCGGCCGGGAGAGGGCGGCGAACAAGGCGAUCCACUGA